AUGUCAACAGAAUCACCUAACGCUAUGACUAAAGUUAUUAUUCGUUCUCUUAUCGCCUUGUAUACUAAUCAGGCACAAGUAUUUACAUCACCAACAUACACUUCAAAACGUUGUUUUGAAGAGACAUUAAAUAUGACAUUGACUAAUCAACAAAUUCUUUUCUAUGAAUGUCCAAAGAAAUCGUUAUUGUCAUUAACAAGAAAAUCAAAUGAAGGGCAAAUUAUUGGAAAAAUUUCAUUAAUACACACAAAAGUUCAAGAUAACUUAGAUGAACCUUCAAAAGAUAGAGGUAAAACAUUGUUGUUGAUUGAAACACUUGACUUCCGUCAACGAACUUUUGUUAUCCUCUUUUCCGAUAAAACAGAACGAAAUGAAUGGAAAAAUUCAAUUAAAAAUUAUAUUAUAAUGGCUAAGAAAAAAAAGUUUCUUGGAAUUGAUUUAAAAGAACUUUGUCAAUUAUCAGGAGAAGAAAUCCCUCCAUUGUUACUCGUUUGUAUUGACACUAUUAAAGAACAUGCAAAUGAUAUGAUUGAAACCUUACCUCCAUACCAAGUUCAAGAACUUAUUAAUUCAAUUAAUAAUAAUCAUGAAAUUAAAAAUAUGACUGCCUCAGUUGCAUGGACUAUAUUGAAAUUAUUUCUUAUAUCAUUACCAACACCAUUACUUCAUCCUAUUUCUUCUUUCAUAUCAAUUAAUCCAAUUAAUGUUGAAUUAGUUGAAAAGAGUAUUAGAAUGCUUCCAACAGAACAAAGACUUUUGCUAGAUAAAAUACUUGAAAUGUUUGUGUAUCUCAACAAUGUAGAUCCUGUAAAAUAUGCUCCUCAUUCUAUUGCACAUUCGUUUGCUUUAUAUAUUGGAUGGGUCAAAACAGAGUCCAUACCAUCAACAAUUUAUGAUAUUGUUGAAUUUCUUAUUACUCAAUAUCAUCACAUUUUUAACUUAGAAUCAGUUCACCAAAAACGACUUUCAAAAUCAUUUACAAAUAGUGAACAAGCAAACAAAUUUAUCCUAGUAAACAAAACUGAUCCAAGAAAAUGUACUUCAUUUACAGAUAGAGAAGAUAUUGCAUUUAGAGAAUUAGGUGCUCCAAAUAAUGAAAGUGAUAUACCUUCAAAAGAAAAUGACGUUCCAUUAACAAUCAUUUUUGAAAACCUUUCUAAGUAA